AUGCAAGAUUUAGAGAUAUAAGAAAAAGAUGAGGAUGACAGUGAAAUCUAAGUGACUAAAGAUAUUCAGACUAAGAUCACAUUGGAUCACCUUUAAAUGUUAAAAUAACUAUCUAUUGAAAUCAAUGCCUCAGAAAAAGACAAAUAGACUUUGGAGUAGGUGGAGAAGCAAUUAAAUGAAUUUAGAUAAAAAUUAAGAGGCAUGAUUGAACAAAAGAACUUAAAUGAAUAAAUGAGAAAGAAGUUUUAAGCAGAACUAUAAAUGAAUAAGAUUUAUGAUGUUCCUGAAAUCUAAGAAUUAUAGAAAAGACUAGAAUAAUUUUAAGAGGUUGAAAAAAUAAGAACUGCCAAAUCUUAAACACUUUAAUAACUAGAAUAAGCUUUUGAAAAAUCUAAAGAAUUAAAUUUUGAUGAAAAGAUUAUUAAUCAAUUUGAUUAGGAGAUAACUAAAUGUUUAUAGAAGAAGAAAGAAAUUAAAGCUUUGUUAGAUAAUGAAAUAUUUGAUACUGAAUAAUUAGAUUAAGCUAAAUAAUUACUCUAAGAUAUUUCUUAAAGUAAGAUAAUUUAUGAAGAGAAAUAAUUAUUAUAGAGUUUGAAUAAAGCUUGCUAAUUUAUUUAAUAAUUAUAUGAAUUUUAUUAAAAAUAUAAAUCUCCAGAUUAAGAAAUGGAAAUUGAAGAUGAUAAAAAUCCAGAUUUAUAAUUUAAAAUUAAUUAAGUUUGUAAUCCCUUUUAAAUUCUAUUUAAAGAUGAUAAUGAGACUAUCAUACUAGAAUUAGAUAAUAUUUUAAGUAAAUAAUCAAUCAUACUUGAUAAAAGAAUAAAUGCUGUUUUAAAUAAUUAUUAACACUUUCUUUGGGAGAAGCAAGCUAAAAUAUUAUUAUCUCUUUGGUAAUCAAAAUAAGAAAUACAAUCGUCAUUAAUAGAUUAAGUCAUCUCUAAAUCUUAUAAAUUGAAUGAAAGUGACUAAGCCAAUUUAAUUUAAUUUUCAGAAAUGUUUUCUAAUCAAUAAAAAAUAGUUUUUGCAUUAGGUUCUUAAAUUGGAAACUACCUAUUUUAAGUACCACUUCCCCAAGAUUUAGAUGGGUGGUUCUACUUAUAUAGUUAGAUUACUCUUUCUAUAAAAGGAGGAAUCUGGGAUUAAGUUAAAAUAUACAAUGUUUGGGUUACAAUUGUAAAGAAAUAUUUUGAAAUUACUACAACCCCAGAAUUUACUUAUGAAAGUCUGAAGUUGUUAUAAGAUGUUAUUAUUAUGUCUCAUAUACCUAAACAAGCCUUGAUUUGUGUAAGUUUGCUUUAAAAAAUAGCCUGUUUCAAUGCAUUAGUUGAUAAAAUCAAAGAUUACAAUAAUAGAAAAUAGAUAUUCCUAGAAAAGAAGAAGUCAAAAUAAGAUUUGUAAAAAUUUAAACAAUGUUUCACAAUUUUGGAAGCUAGAUUAUUAGAUUAAGAGAUUAAAUCGAUUAAUAUAGCACAUGACUUUAUUUCUAAGGAAUUCUAUUCAGACUUUUAUAAUAUCCAUCAAAUCUAAGAAGAAUUUAGCAAGUGUUCAUGUGAGGACAUUUUAGCACUUACUGCUUUAUAUUAAAGAUUAAUUUAAUCGUUCAUCUAGGAUUAAUAAUUAAUGGAUAAUUUGAAAAUUAAUAUCUAUCUGUUGAAACUAAAAGAAAUUUAAAAAGGGAACAAAACAGUUGAUCUAUUCAAAGCUAAAAAAUAGUAUAAUAGUCUCAUUUUGUUAUUGUAAACUCAUAAUUUAUAAAUUCCAGAUUAGAUUAUAGAAUUGAAUAGUUUAUUAAAUGUAGCCGAAAAGAUUUAAAAUAUUGCCAAUAAGAUCAAAAAUAAUCAAUCGUAUACUUUUGAGGAAUUAGAGUAAUCUAUUAAAGAUAUCGAUAAGAUACAAAAUAUCAAUAUAGAAAGAUCAUAAGAUGUUGAAAUAAGAUAUCAUGAAUGUCUUUAAAUUUAAAAUGAAAUUCAAGAGAUUAGCCAAUCUCAAAUUAAAACAAAGGAAGUUGUAGUUCAAAACAUACUAGAAAAGUUGUAGAACUUACCUUUGCCAGAAGAGAAGUAAUUAGUCUAAUCUUGGUUGAAUUCAUUUGAACAGCUAAAGCAAAGUUAUUCAACAUUAAGAUAAACAAUUUCAAAGUAAAAGGCAUCUCCUAAUGGAAAAGAAUUGACAGAUUUGAUGAACAAUUUCUAGAAGAAGUAUAAGGAUAUCAUAAUUAUAUAUCCUGACGCUGAUCACUUUAUAAGAGAAUACUAGGAAUUUAAUAAGAAAUUAGAAUUUAUUGAAAAUAAUUUAUAAACAGAACAGGCUUUUAAUGAUUUCCAUGAUUUGCUUAGCAUAUUUAGAUGGGGAGAUCAAUAUGAAAGAGUCAAGAUUGCUAUUUGGAUUAAAUAAGUCAAUCAAUUUAAGGAAAAUCCAUAAUAAAAAUGGGGAUUUGCUUCAUUUAGAAAUAUGUUGAAUUAAGGUUAUGAUAUAAUUGAUUAGGCUUUAAUGAAUAAUUAAAAAUUAUCAAUUGAAAAAAUGAAAGUGCCAUUAAUAUAUUUAGAAUAAAUAAUGGCUAAAUUGAUAGAUUCUGUGGCAAGUGGUUCCUGCUUGGAUUCAUGUGUUGAUGGAAAAGUUGAUGCUUCUUAAUUAUAAAUUGAACUUCAACAUAUUACUUAACAUGAUAAAUUAGAAAGGUUAAGAGAAUUACAACCAAAGAAACCCUUUGAUGAUAUAAAUUCAUAUUUUGAUAGGAAAUAAAAAUAAUAAUCGAUCAGAAAGAAGAACCAAUAAAGAUAAGAAGCAGAAGAAUAAAAUAUUGAAUUUAUUAGUAUAAAGAAAGUCAAGAAGACUUAAGAAGCAGUUACUUAAUAAUUAAGAGAUGCAAAGAAAAAAGAAUUAUUAUAAGCUAUUUUACGCAAUCCUACUUUAUAGAAUUUAAGGAAUUAAAUUUUUUAUGAAGCCAGAGUUAAGAUUUUUGAAAAUUAGGAGUUUGGCACUUUCAACACAAAUAAAUUAAUGUACACGGAAAGAAUGACAACACUUAUCUAAACUUUUAAAGAAUUGCAAUAAUUGCCUAAUUUCUCAAAAAGGAUUGUUGAGAAAGGGUUCAAUAUUGAAUAAGUGAAUUAUGCAAUUAAAAAAUAUGAAGGCAAAGCACUUCUAUAGAUAGAAGAAAAGUUAAUGCAAAGACCUAAUGCUCCAUCUUCACAAUAACAAUAGGAUUAUAAUCCUCUAGCUCCAAAUAAAAAUAAAGUUGUUGCAAUAUAACCAGUUAAUUAGAAAAAUGCCUAACCUGUUGCUAAACAGGUUUAAUCAAAUUCAACAAACACUAAAUUAUCGAAAGAAGAUGUUCUCAACUAAAUUUUAAAUGAUUCCUAUCCAAACGUAAAGUUGUAACAACAAUAAACAUAAUAAUAAUAAUAAAUGUAAUCUCAAUUAAAAUAGCUUUAAUUGUAAUAACAGACACAAUAAUUAUUAAAAUAACAAUAAUAAUAGUAAUAAUAGUAAUAAUAGUAAUAGUAAUAAUAAUAAUAAUAAUAAUAAUAAUAAUAAAAAUAAUAGUAAUAAUCUAUUUAUGAUAACUUUUAGUCGGAUUAGAAUAAAUAAACUUCCUAAUUUUAAUCACAAUAGUCCAUUUAGUCAUAAUAAUCAUUAUAAUCCUAACAUUAGUAACAAUUUUAAAAGUCUAUACGUUCUCCAAGUAGAUCUGUUAGCAAAGGAAUUAAUGAAUCAAUGUCUUCAGACUUACCAGAAUUAGAAAUCUAGAAAAUUGAAAAUCCAAAUAAACCAAUUUUAUAUAAUCCUGAUGAUGAUGAACCAGAAUAAAAAAUUGUGGUUUAAAAAAUUGAAGUUACUCCUCUUGGCUUUGGGGAUAAGAUCUUAAAGAUAGGAAAAAGAUAUAAAUUUCAUAUAAAGGAAUAAUAGAUAACCUGUGAAUUUUACACCAAUGCUUUGGAUAAUAAAUUGAAAGAAUUUCCAAAGAUUUCUAGCGAAUUUAAGCAUCAAAAAUAUUUUUCAUAAGAUGCUACAUUAUAGUAGAUGGAAAAAUCAGCUAAUAAAAACAUGUAAAUAAUUUUAGCGGGAUGGGUGGUUCCAGAAAAAUAUCAUGAAUUUGGAGAAAUACAUAAAUUUAGUGAUAUGCUGAAGAAAGAAUAAUAAUUUAUGUCCAUUUCUCACAAGUGA